AUGGGUCACAAUAAGCCGAGGCGUUUCAAAACCAACUAUUCAGAUCAUCGAGUGGAGUCCCGCAGAACCAACAUCCAGCCCGAUAGGGAAGAUGAGUCUCUUCCCCACGAUCAAGCUCCUGAAGAAGAAGCAGCGGCUCCCACAGUCCAACUUGCAAUGUGGGAUUUUGGUCAAUGUGACGCUAAAAGGUGCACAGGGCGCAAGCUUGCAAGAUUUGGCUUUUUGAAAGAGAGUAUCUACUUCACUCCUUUUUACCAUUUCGAUUUCGAGCUACGUGUGAACAGUGGUUUCGGCGGCGUGGCUCUGAGUCCUGUUGGGACUCAGUGUGUAUCUAAGGAAGACCUUGAGUUAAUUAAGAGGAAAGGACUGGCUGUUGUGGAUUGCUCUUGGGCACGUUUGAGUGAUGUACCCUUCGUGAAACUGCGAUGCCCUGCUCCUCGCUUGUUGCCAUGGCUAGUUGCAGCAAAUCCAGUAAAUUAUGGACGACCUUGUCAACUAUCUUGUGUAGAAGCACUAGCUGCAGCUUUAAUAAUAUGUGGGGAAAUGGAAUCAGGACACUUGUUGCUGGGCAAGUUCAAAUGGGGUCAUGCUUUUCUUUCUCUCAACAGUGAGCUUCUGAAGGCUUACUCUGGUUGCUCAACUGGUGCUGAAAUGAUUUCCGUUCAAAAUGAGUGGCUUUCCGAACAGACUCGGGUUCCCAAAGCUGUCCCAGAAGUUGAAGGAGCAGCAGGAUCAAGCAAAGGACACCGGGAAGACGACGACGGCGACGAGGAAGAUGAUGAGGAUGAUGAUGAUGAUGAUGGGCUCCCACCACUUGAGAAGAACAUGAAUCACUUGAGCUUCAAUGGAAGUGAUGGAGAAAGUGAUGAAGACUUGUAG